UCCUCAACCACGAAAUCUCCUUACACAUCGGUGCCAUUAAAUGCCCUGGACGCCCUUGUCGCACACGCAUCAUCCUCACGCGAGGCAGACGCGCUCUCAUCAAGUGGUACGCAUGGAUUCACUAGCCUUGUUCUUCCUCGUGCGGCUACUUCGCCAGCCACCUCUGGAUCGAAAUCCGGUGUUGGUUCUUGGCGCCCCUGGAAAUCAGGUAGAAGGGCAACAGCCGCAGAAAGUUUAGACUCGCACAGAGGAUGGUGGCCAGCGUGGAGACUGCUCGUGGAAUCGCAUCUGGUGAUGUUGAAUGCCAGGAGGGGAAGUCUCGUGGGCUGUUCUUUGGCUUGGGCUGACUCUCAAAGGAUAAUACAAAGUGGGGGAAGGGCAAAUCUCACUUUGCACCUCCUGGGCGCGCACGCACGUUCAUUUCGAUGCAGUCAUCAAUACAAUCGGAGGUUGUGAGAUUUGGGAGGCCGGGAUUACUCAGUCUUCCGGUUCAUGAUGCUGCACGGGCCAGCAUCGAAGGCCAGUUUACCACACUGGUAGGCGACGCACCCGACCGUGUAGUAUCUAUGGCAAGCGAUCAUUUCCGUGCGGGCGUGCGAGCGCUCCGGAUCAGAAACCAUAAAGGCACCUCAAAAGUCCACAAUGACGCCGAGUUCUCUCGGGCAACCGGCAAGCUUGCCAGGGGCAAGAAGGACAGAAAGAUGAAGCCUCGGCUGGUGAACUACGCGUGGGUGAACGUCAUGUCCGAGUCAGUCCGACGAGGAUUGGGAGGGUGCGGAUGUAUGGGAUUCGUUGGGCGCAGCGCUGGCGAUGGAGGUGGGGGAAGGUGUGCGGCCUGCUGUCGGUCUUGUUGACUUUCCGGAUAUGUCGAAAAAGGGAAAAUGAAAACCGUGGCUAGUGGUGGUGACGGGGAGACGCUAGGCAAAGUCGUCCUGUUCGAGAAUACACCUCAAGCUUUCGUCCCUGGAGGUGGGCUGGAACAUAGAGGGACGGUUGUUUCCGGAAUAGCCGGGUGACCUGGGUGAUUUUGCCCCCGGUUAUCGCUGUCAAAUAAGACAAGAAUAAACGCUAAUCCACCAUGUCGCGACAGAUCUGACUCGAUAUGAUUAUGUACUUGCACCUCACAGGAUUGAUAGUUACUAAGUUGCUCCCUUAUUCGUUGUUGUCUGGUCUGGUCAUUAUUGCUGUUUGCAAAAGUAUUGGCUUCGGCGAUAUUUCCAAAA